GGUUGCCGGCCGCCGCCGCUCGCCUCCGCUUUUCCUCCUCCUCCCGCCGCCGCCGCCGUCGCCGUCGCCGCCGCGUCGUCUGCGUUUCAUGUCCAGGCUCCUGCCCCGCAUCACCCCACUCCCGCGCCGCCGCCUCCGCCGCAGCCACAGCCCAAACCCACUAAUCUCCCCCGCCGUCGCCGCUUCCCUCGCCGGGGUCCUCGCCACCCGCUCCACGAACCCCACCUGGGCACGGUCCCUCGCGGCGCUGCUCCCCUCCCCGCUCUCCGAUGCCCACCUCGCCGCCGCCGUCUCCUCCCUGCCCGACCCCGACCUCGCCCUCGCGCUCCUCUCCUGGUCCCAGUCCCCCGACCACCAUGAAGCUCUCCCCGGCCCCGCCACCCCUCUCGCUCACUCCGCCCUGCUCCGCCUCCUCGCCAGCUCCCGCCGCUUCGACGCCGUGGAUGACACGCUCCAGUCCAUGUCUCUCGCGGGCGCCGCGCCCACGCGCGCCUGCCUUGGCGCGCUCGUCGCCGCCUACGCCGACGCUGGCAUGCUUGGAAAGGCCACAGAUAUGUGCGAGCGCUUAAGGGAGCAGUACGGCUCGCUCCCGGAGGUGACCCAUUGCAACCGUCUGCUCAAGCUCCUGGUGGAGCAGCGGCGCUGGGAUGACGCCCGUAAGCUGUAUGAUGAAAUGCUUGGCGAGGAUAGUGGUGCGGAUAACUACAGUACUUGUGUGCUUGUUCGUGGGCUGUGUCUGGAAGGGCGCGUGGAAGAGGGGUUGAAAUUGAUUGAAGCAAGGUGGGGAGCUGGGUGCAUUCCACAUGUGGUGUUCUAUAACGUCUUGAUCGAUGGGUAUUGCCGGCGUGGGGAUAUGGGUAGAGGAUUGUUGCUCUUGGGAGAGAUGGAAGCGAAGGGAUUCUUGCCAACCCUUGUGACAUAUGGUUCUCUUAUAAAUUGUCUUGGGAAGAAGGGUGAUCUAGAGAAGAUUGGGAGUUUAUUUUUGGAGAUGAGGAAAAGGGGAUUGUCCCCCAAUGUCCAGAUUUAUAACAGUGUCAUAGAUGCUUUGUGCAAAUGCUGGUCUGCAACACAGGCUAUGGUGAUCUUGAAGCAGAUGUUUGCAAGUGGAUGUGACCCAGAUAUCAUCACAUUUAAUACUUUGAUAACUGGGCUUUGCCACGAAGGGCAUGUUCGAAAGGCUGAGCAUUUUUUGAGGGAGGCUAUCAGGAGGGAGUUGAACCCAAAUCAGCUUAGCUACACUCCAUUGAUCCAUGGGUUCUGCAUGAGAGGGGAGUUGAUGGCUGCAUCAGAUUUGCUUAUGGAAAUGAUGGGCAGAGGGCAUACUCCUGAUGUUGUCACAUUUGGAGCACUAAUUCAUGGUCUUGUAGUUGCUGGCAAAGUCAGUGAGGCUUUGAUUGUUCGUGAGAAGAUGACAGAAAGACAGGUAUUCCCAGAUGUUAACAUAUACAAUGUAUUGAUUAGUGGUUUGUGCAAGAAACACAUGCUUCCUGCGGCUAAGAACAUUCUUGAAGAGAUGCUUGAGAAAAAUGUCCAACCUGAUGAGUUUGUUUAUGCCACAUUAAUUGAUGGGUUCAUUAGGAGUGAGAAUCUUGGUGAUGCAAGGAAAAUAUUCGAAUUCAUGGAACACAAGGGUGUCCGCCCUGACAUUGUUAGCUGCAAUGCCAUGAUAAAAGGUUAUUGUCAGUUUGGAAUGAUGAGCGAGGCAAUUCUAUGCAUGAGCAACAUGAGAAAGGUUGGGUGCAUCCCGGACGAGUUUACAUAUACCACAGUUAUUAGUGGCUAUGCUAAACAAGGUAACCUUAAUGGAGCUCUAAGGUGGUUAUGUGAUAUGAUCAAGCGGAAAUGCAAGCCAAAUGUUGUUACAUACUCUUCAUUAAUAAAUGGAUACUGUAAGACAGGUGAUACAGACUCUGCAGAAGGCUUGUUUGCAAAUAUGCAGGCUGAAGCUCUGUCUCCUAAUGUGGUAACUUAUACCAUCCUAAUUGGUAGUCUGUUUAAAAAAGACAAAGUACUCAGAGCUGGUUUGUACUUUGAAACCAUGUUGCUUAACCAUUGUUCUCCUAAUGAUGUUACCUUACAUUAUCUAGUCAAUGGGCUCACUAGUUGUACCCCUUGUGUCAUCAACUCUAUUUGCUGCAACACUAGUGAGGUGCAUGGCAAGGAUGCCCUUUUAGUCGUAUUCAAGAAAUUGGUUUUUGACAUAGGGGAUCCAAGGAAUUCAGCAUACAAUGCCAUCAUCUUCAGCCUGUGUAGACAUAAUAUGCUCAGGGAAGCAUUGGAUUUUAAAAAUAGGAUGGCUAAAAAGGGCUAUGUGCCGAAUCCUAUCACCUUCCUUUCACUUCUUUAUGGCUUUUGUUCUGUUGGAAAAUCAAUGAAUUGGAGGACCAUCCUUCCUAAUGAAUUUCAGCAAGAGGAGUUCGAGAUAAUCUUUAGAUACAAAUUUUUGUUUGACCAAUAUGCAACUGAGUCAGUUUGCUGUGAAGUCUCCAGGGUUUUACAGCAAUAUCUCGCAGAGUGUAAAUCCUUGCAACGAGUGGAGCAGAAAUUUGCUAAUUCUUGAUGCCUGUCUACCUGGCUCUUGUAAAUGAGGGAGAUCAUUUAUUAUUUUGUUUGGCCAGAGAAAUCACCAGCCAAAUUCAUUAUGAAAGAAAGGGGAGUGUAGGGUACAAAGUUACUCAACAAGGUUGUUGUUACAGCUUAUUUGAUUUUUUACUUCAGCAACUGGAGGUUGAAAGAGCAGGAACGUUCAUAGUACCAUCUAACUGGAGAAGUGGUAUUAAUGUGACCAAAUCUCCCGCAGAGAUCUCCACCCAAAGGUGAAUUUAUUUAACCCUAUGACUUUUCCAUGGUUAGUGUCUCCAAUGGCCGCUCAACUACAGUUGGUGCUAUUGUGACACUGCAAGCAAGAUUAUUUGGCAGGAUGCGCAGGUGUAAAUCAGACUGCAAUGUCGCUUAAGCGCAGGACCGUUGUAGCAACUGCAGCUAGAUCAGUACGUGAUUUAGAAUUUUCUUGUCCUUCUAUCAUUCAGUAUAGGUGACGGUUGCAGACUUGCAGAUCACAACACCCUCCGUCAGACCAUCACUCAGUAAGUAUGCAGGUAGUCCACCCUUCAUCCUCAGCGUCACCGAGAGCACGUGCUCCGGCACGCCGCCGCCGGCGACGUCCUUGACCACGUCGACCUCGAACUCCUCAAGCACGUUUGCAACUAUGGACUUCAUCUGCACGUACGCCAUCUCCUUCCCGAGGCACAUCCUCGGCCCCGCGUGGAACACCGUGAACCGGAACGGGCUCGCCGGCUGGAACGCGCCGUCGUCGCCGAGCCACCGCUCCGGCCUGUACUCCAAGCAGUCCUCGCCCCAGAUGGCGGCGAGACGCCCCAUGGCGUACGCGCUGUACGUCACGGACCAGCCGGCGCGGAGGAGCGUGCCGUCGGGGAGCGUGUCGUCCGCCGCGCACGACUGCGAGUCGAUCGGCGCCGGCGGGUACAGCCGCAUCGACUCGGUGAGCGCGGCGUGGAGGUAGUGCAUCUCCCGGAGCGCGUCGAACCGGAACGGCUCGCCGGGGCGCGUGCCGGUCGCCUCCCUCACCGCGCGGACCUCGUCGGCGAUGCGCGCCACGACGUCGGGCCGGGACGACAAGAACCAGAAGAACCAGCUCAGCCCCGACGCCGUCGUCUCGCGGCCGGCGAUGAGGAAGCUGAGGACGAUGUCGCGGAGGACCUCGUCGCUGUGCUCGUCGCUCGCCACGAACCUCGACAGGACGUCGUCUCUGUCGUUCACGGACGCGCUCUGGCGCCGGGCGCGGACGAUGUCCAUGGCAAAGGCGUGGACGUCGGCGAUGGCCUUCCUGAGGCGGCGCUCGGUGUCGACGUUGAGCCACUUCUUGAUCUUCCAGGAGACCUCGAUGGGAUCGAAGAAGCGGCCGACGACGAGGUCCUGCGCCUCGCCGAAGGUGUGCAUGAACUCCGACCUGGCAUCCUCCAUGACCCCGCCGUCGGCGAGGCACCGCGGGUCGUGCCCGAACGCCACCAUACAGAUGGUAUCAAACCCGAAUCGCUGGAGCACCUCCUGCAAGUCGAGGACGACGACAUCGCCAUCGCCACCACCAUCACCGGCGGCGCGGCGGAGCAGCGGGAGGAAGCGGUCGGCGAUCUCGGCCUGCACGACGUCGACGACGAACCUGCGCAGGGAGCGGUUGCUGAACUCGUAGCUGGCGUUCUUGCGCUGCCAGAGCCACUGCUCGCCGUCGGAGUUGAAGAGGCCGUGGCCGAGGAAGUCCUCGAGCAUGCCAAUGGCGUGCUCGCCCUUGGGAUAGUUGGCGAAGUUGGUGCGCAGGAUGUGCUCGACGUCGGCCGGGUUGCCGGUGAUGAUGCCGGUGCGCAUCCCGGGGAUCCAGAAGCCCAUCCUCAUCUCCGGGCUGCCGACGAUGAGCUCCGUCGUCCAGUCGAGGAAGCGGUGGCUGUUGUUGACGAACGCCGGGAGGUGGCCGAGCAGCGGGUGCGCCUUGAGGCCAUGGGUGGUGGGCUUCUUCUUGUCGGCGAGGAUUCUGGUGAGGUGGUAGGACAUGUAGAGUAUCGGAGGGAGGACGAAGAGCAUGGAAUAGUAGUAAGUGUCCAUUGCCAUUGAUCGACUUGGUAGCAAGCUGGGUUGCCUGCAGGUUGACCUGUGGAUGGAGGCAAGAGGAGUGUUCAUCUGGCAUUAUAUACUGGGACACUGGAUCUCCAAAGCAAUUUAUAAUUGCAAUGUCAAGUCGAUUGAACUUCUA